GGCGGGGCCUCGCUCUGUGCCCUCCUGUCCUCUGCUCGCUGACAGAUACACAGCUUCGAUGUGAAAACUAAAAGUGAAUGUUUUCAGACCACAAGUCCAGUCCUACUGGUUGACAAGGACAAGCUCUGACAUCGGAAAGGCUGAGUGCACAUAUCUGUGUCAAGAGACGGAGGCUUACCCACACACCGGGGGCAUCGGGACUACCAGAAGACGCACACACAGCUGAGGUCCACCUGUCUUCCUUGGAUUGUUUAGUCAUCGGCAGCCGCUGAUAGGUGAUCUGUCACCAUGUUUAAGAAAAAGAGCAAGACCAGCGUUAUAACGACGCCAAAAUCAACGGCACCAUACUCAGAGCUCGGUGCUCUGGUUGAAAGGCUGCAGAAGAAUGCUGAUAAGGUGGAGAAUUACAUCUCUGAUGUGGAGCAGAACCUCAACAAGGAUGUGAGUAAGAUCAACGAGGGAAAGCAGCCGCUGUAUCAAGAUGACACCAACAAGAGAAUCCUUAGCUGUCUGGAACUGCUGGACAUCCUUGAUGAAGAGGCCAUCAAGGCAAAGAGCCUCAAGCAUCCACAGGCAGAGAUGAUAGAAAAAGACAUGAGGCAACUGCGUGAGAGAGUGAGGAAGCUGAAAGAGGACCAUUCUCACAUCUACCAUCUUAGCCGCACUGAGGGGAAGCCCACCAUCAACUGGGGAAACAUGAUGGAUGAGAAACUGGAAAACCUGAACAACAAAGGCUUUGGUCAAGACCUACCAAGUGUGGAGAAUGAAGUAGAGGAACACAACAUCUUCCACAGUGAAGUGGAGGCUCUGGCUCCUCACAUUUCCGCCAGUGGAAACCAGGAAUACGUCAGUAGCCUCCAGAUGAAGUACAACAAGCUGCUGACCAAUUCAACUACUCGUCAGCAGGACCUGCUGAGCUUGCGGGACUAUAUGCAGCGCUGCACCAAUGAGCUGUACUGGAUGGACCAGCAGGCGGAAGAGAGGGUCAAUUAUGACUGGAGUGACGCCAACCUGGACUACCCUGCCCGCCAAAGGCAGUAUGAGAACUUCAUAAGUAGAUGUUUGGAGUCAAAAGAGGCCACUGUCACUAAGCUCAAUGAUGAUGGAGAGAAACUGAUUGCUUCUGAGCAUCCAGGGAAGAAUGUCAUUGAGGCUCAUAUGGAGGCAGUUCAUGCUGACUGGAAGGAGUACCUGAACCUGCUCAUUUGUGAGGAAAACCACCUCAAACACAUGGAUGAGUACCACAAGUACAACAAGGAGGCACGUGACACUCAGGACCUACUGAAGCGGCUGGAAACAGAGGUCAACCAGAAGUACAACCCAGAGUUCAAAGAUGUGUAUCAGAUGGAGAGUCUUAUCAGGGAGAUGGAUGACCAAGCCAAAGCCAUGGAUAACUUUGAUGAACGAGUACAGGCUCUUCAGAGGCGCAGCUUACAGGUUUUGCCUCUUAAGUACCGCCGGGAGACCCCCCAGAAGCAGCUACCUGUUGAGGCUCUGUGCGAGUUUGACACAGAUGAGGGACAGAUUGUGCGUGGGGAUAGGUACUCUAUUCUCCGGAACAACGGCGCCAAAUGGGAUGUGAAGGACGCAGCUGGACGUAAACUUACAGCCCCAGCUGUCUGCUUUAUGAUCCCUCCCACAGACCCAGAGGCAGUUGCCACUUCUGACAACCUUGCCAGCCAGCAAAAAGCUGCCAAGCAGAAAAUGGCAGGCAGUAAGGCAACUCUACUGAAACGCUUUGAUGAGCUGAAGAAGCAGAGUGGGGCUGGCAUGGGUACAGCUACAGACAAAGAUGAGCAGCAGUGCCGUCAGCUGAUGGCCGGGCUGGACAAUGUCGUCAAUAAUCUGGACAAACAGGAGAAGGCCAUUAAUAGCAGACUGCGUCCUCCACUGGAGACCAAUAGGUAUCUGCAGGACAGCGCUGACCGCCUACAGGAUAUGAGGGACAUAGCUUCUGCUGUCAGCAAGAUUGAACCAGAGAAGACCUCUAAAGUAAAGGAAGCAAAGAACUUCUUGGUCUCCAACCCAAAUUCUGCCAGUGCUCCUCAACUCUACAGCAAGGUGGAUGAAACCAACAAGAAGUACGACAAGGUUGAAGAACUACUUCAGGGCUCUCAGGACAAAUUGAAGAAUUCCAACCAGUUGGAGACUUCCCUACAAAAUGGAAAGACUUUGCUGUCCACCUUUGAGAACAAGCUGGCCAGGGAGGAGGUGGCUCCUGCUGACAUCUCAUCACUUGAGAAAACUCAGCGAGAACUUGCUGAUAUUGGGUCAGAACUGAGAUCCAAGAGGGCAUUAAUGGUUGAAACAGAGCAGAAUCUGCGUGCAGCUAAAGGAAGCUGUGACAACAUGACCACCAAAUUCCACGAGCACUGCCCUGACAUUGAGAGGCAAGAAGCAGACGUCAGGAAGCUCAAUAAACGCUUUGAAAACCUCAACAGGCAGAUUGACACUAGGUCUCAAAACCUGCAGAGAGCCAAGAUGGCAUACAAAAAUUACAGCAAUGACUAUGACAAUCUGAACAAUUGGUUGUCUCGUGUCCCAAAUUAUGAUCCCAAGGAAACUGAUGACAUUGCACAAGUGGACACCAAGCUUAAGAAUCAGAGGAACCUGCUCUCUGAUAUUGCAAAAAAGGAGUCCGACUUGAACAAUGUCUCCAAGAAUGCCCAGCUUUACCAACAAGCUGUCAAAGACUACGAGAAUGAAACCGAGAAGUUCAGAGCCAUCCUUGACCAGGAGGAUGGACUUGUAUCUCAGUCUUACAAGAGGAGCAGACUGGAAUCACCUGCACUCACAGUCAAGGCAGAGGAAGCAGCCAUUGAGGCCAAGUUUACUGAGGUGAAUGCUUUGAACAAGCAACGGCUGCAGAAUCUGGAGUUUGCUGGAAGUCUGUUAAAUCAGCAACCUGAGACCUCUAUGAUCCAGUCAACAAAUGUCAAGUCUGUCUACGCAUCUUCCACAUCUGAGGAACCUUGGAGAGUCAGGAAGCAGCUGGAAGAUGAAGUCCAAAGGCGUGAACAGCUUGAGAGAGAGAUUGAGAUUAUCCAGACUGACAUCUAUGUUCUUGAAGGACAGAAGCCACAGGACACAAUUGUUAAAAAGGAGCUGAUUAAAAAAGUCCCUGACCCCCAACUGGAUGAAGAAGUCCAUAAGGUGCAGCAGAAACUCUCAGAGGAGCGCCGCACUACUCAUGUCAUGGAAAAUGACCUUGAGGUACUCAAGUUGAAGUUGCGUGGCCUUGAGACUGAGGUCAAAGAAGGGGCACAGCAAUUCACAGUGAAGGAGGUCCUGCGUAUUGAGAAAGACCGUGGUCAGGAAGAAGAGAUGCGCAAACUUCGGGAGGAGCUGGAUGAGCUAAGAAGGCAAAAGUUGAUCAAAGACAAUGAGCUUAUUGAGAUUCAGAAGCAGGUAGUAAUCCUGGCUGAAGAGAAGAACAGGGAACAGGAGGUGAUUACUGAAGAGGAGGUGAUCAAAGUCCAAAAUGAUCCCCAACUUGAAACAGAGUACCGAGUGCUCCUUGAUAGGAUGAAUAAGGAAGUAGAUGGCAGGAAGCAGCUUGAGGAUGAACUUCAAUUUCUUCAAGAAAAGCUACGUAGGAUGGAGAAGGAGAAAGCAAUGGCAGAAGAAAAGAUUUCAAUCAAGGAGGUGCUGAAAGUAGAGAAAGAUAUUGACUUUGAAAGGGAGGUAGAAAAUCUCAGAAGGCAGUAUGAGGAUGAGAAGACCAAGCGAAGAUCAUCACAGAGAGAAAAGGCUGAUCUCACGAGGAAAAUAACCAGCCUAGAGGAGGAGAAGUCCAGGGUUGUUAUUCAGGAGAAAGUGCGAGAGAUAGUUCGUCCAGACCCGAAGGCUGAGAAUGAGGUAGCAAAUCUACGACUUGAACUUGUAGAGCACCAGAGGCGCUACAAAGAUUCAGCAUUUCAGCUUAAAUCCCUGCAGGAGGAACUGAACAUGCUAAGAAACAGAGGACCAAAAGUGGAGGUUAAAGAGAUCAUUAAAGAAGUCAUCAAGUACAAGACAGAUCCGCAGACCGAAAGAGAACUGGAAAGACUUCGUAAUGAGAUUGUAGAUAAAACUCACGAGACUGAAAAAUCUGAGAUGGAAACUCGACAGCUUCGUAGUGAGAUUGAAACUUGGAGGGCAACCAAACCCCAAGUGCAGACUAAGGAGGUGGUCAAUGAAGUGUUGCAGUACAGAGAAGAUCCCAAGACCAAGGAAGAAAUUGAAACUCUCAAAAGGAAACUGGCUGAUGAACAAAAGAAGCGCAUUGACCUUGAGAGAGAACGUUCAGCCCAAGAAGAAAAAAUCAGACUGAAGAAAAUGGAUCUGUCUCAGAUCCGCCAGAAGAUUGUCCAGCAAGAGGUGGUCAAGAUGGAAGAAGAUCCUCUCCUCAGGUCAGAGUGUGACACCUUCUCACAAAACAUUGGAAAUGAGCAGAAACAAAAGGAGAGCCUGAAGACAGAGCUCUACCAACUGCAGAAACAGAAGGCUGACUUGGAUAUGCAACUGGAAGAACUAGAGCGUGAGCGGAGAGCAAGGCGGGAUGCAGAACUGGAGAUCCAGAGGCUAAGGGUAAGACUUAAUGAGCUUGAAAUCCACGACAAGGAGAACCGUGAAAAAGUCACUGUCAAACAGAAGGUCGUCCUACAGCAGGAUCCUCAACAGGAGAAGGAACACUCCAUCCUUAGAUUACAGCUUGAUGAAGAGAAGCACAAACGGACCCUUCUCGAGAAAGAGUUGAAUGCUCUCAUCCAGCAGCAGAUCACCUUGGAGAAGAUGGAUGUGAAGGAAAGAGUUGUUCGCACUGAGAAAGUCCAAGUUGAGAAGGAUCCAGAGGCUGAAAUUGAGAUUGAGAACUUGAGGAGAACUCUGGAGGAUGAGAAAAGAAGAAGGCGAGACCUGGACCAAGAGAUGACCACUAUCACUACAAGGCUCUCUGAAGUGGAGUUCUCCAACACCAAGUCUUCAAGAGAAAUGAACUUCGUCCGUGAUGAAAGUAACAGGCUACAGCAAGAAAACCAAAGACUGCAAAAUGAGAUCCGCAAGCUUCGGUCUGAGAUUGAGAUCACCAGCAAAGAAACACGCCUCAUCACUGAGUCCGCUCCAAGAGAGGCUGGAAAGAACCUUGAGUUGAGGCUUGAUUCUCUACAGAGAGAACUAGGAGAGCUGAGAGGCGUAACUGCCCAGAAAGAUGAUGAGAUUGAGAAGCUUCAGAAGAGCCUGUCUGCAGUGAGAAUGAAGCGGGAGCAAAAGGAGAGUCACCUGAGGAGGUCUAUUGUGGUCAUUGACCCUGAUACAGGUAAAGAGAUGCGUCCAGAAGAGGCCUACAAACUAGGGCUGAUCGACUGGAAGAUGUUUGUCAACCUUCAGAGCCAAGAGUGUGACUGGGAGGAGAUCACAGUGAAGGGCCCCAGGGAUGAAUCAUCAGUUCUUCAUGAUAGAAAAUCAGGGAAAAAGUUCUCCAUUGACGAUGCAUUGCGCCAUGGCCACAUCACAAAUCGCCAACUUCAGCAGUACAUAAACAAAGAAAUCUCCAUCCAGGAGUUUGGUGUUCUGGUGUCGGGACAAAACAAGUGAUUCCAAUCAUACUAAAGAAAUGUAGUUAUUAUAUUUAAUACUACAAUAUUUCAUCUGUUUCAUCUUUCUCUGUUUACCUCCAUUCUGGCUUCAAUGCUAUGGUGACUUGCUAUUAUUUACUAGGCCUACUUUAACCAUAAUUCCCAAAUGCACUGUAUAUUUAUUUGCUUAUGCAUAAUCAAUUUAGAAUUACUUACAUGAUAAAAAAUUAAUGAACAUUGAUAUACUUAUAGCCAGCUAUAUAGCAUGUUAUAUGGUGACAGACGUGUGCUCAAUCCACCUUCAAUUUCUUGUAAUAGGUACUUUUAUAUUGCUGUGAAAAAGUCACAAGGGUACGAGCUGUUUUAAAUUUGGGUUUAUUUUUAACGGUUUUAUCUGAUGUGUGUUCUGUAUCUUUCAAUAAAACUCAGAUUAAAGUUUUAAAAAAUCA